AUGGCGGGCAGACGACUGCUAGACGCAGCUAGGCUUUUCAGCGCGUCUGGAUCCAUAGCGAAACACCACUUCAACAUCCGCUCGCAGCAAUGGGAGCUUUUUACGCAGACGUCGAGUCUGGCAAAAGCUGUCAAGAAUCAGACAGAUCGCGUCACUCUCACCGCACGAGCUGCCUAUGCUCUUUCACGGAGAGUCAACGAGACUGGUCCUACCUACACACAGACGAGCCGACACGAUGAACCCAUACCAAGUCAAGAGACAGUUCAGGGCGCGGAUGCGACAGAUAUACACGAGGAGGGACUGGAACAGGAUCAUCAUUGGAACAGAUCAGAGCAGAACGCUGCCGCCGAAGCACCCCCAGCAGACGAUUUGCAUGUCACUCAAGAGAAGGCACGCCGUCACCCUCUACCCGACGGCACUAUUCCUCCCGAGGGUGCAAACCUUGACCCAUCGCCGAGUCGUCAGGGCACAGAUACCUUCAGCCAACGACCAGUCACGGACGCUCCUAAGGACCCUCUUGCAGAACAGCAAUCCGUCAUCAAGGACUUGCACCCGACAGAGUCUGGCACCUCCACCAUUCCCACUCCCGCUGCCCAGGACAGCCAUGCCGAUGACACCGUCAAGAUGCAGCGUAAGGCUGAGUUUCAAAUCCCGUCUGUGUCUGGUCAUUCUCAAUCAAUGCCUGCACCAGGACAAGACACUUUCAAUGUGAGACCUACAGAGUCUUCGGUUGAACUGUCAUCGCUCCCUCGCACCAAGAUUCCUAAGUCUGUUGAGGAUACUCAGGGUGGUGACGACCACGUCAAGGAUGGCCAAAUCAACCAGGACGUAUACUACUCAUCCAAAGGACACCCUGCCCAACCACCCAUACCGCAACAAGAAGCUAUUCCCGCACAGGACGAGGUCCCUGAAGGUAUCAAUACUGAUGUGUUCCACAGCCCAAGAGUGGCUUCAUUGCUGAGUGGUGGGGCUAGAGAGGAUAGAAGGAAAGCUUACGAGCUCAAAAUGAAGGCCGCCAGGAAGGGCUCAGCCCAGCCAAUCCAAGAGAGCAUCAAGGCCGAUGACAGAAAUGCUGACACUUCCAGCACAAGACCAGGCGCAUCGUUAUCAGAGGCUGUUAAUUCGCCUGCUCCCAGCAUUGAGACGACUGCUACUGCUGCUGAAGCACAGGAACAGAUCAGUGACAAGGAGACCCAAGAGCUGGCUGAUGCUAUGGCCGCAGACGUCACUGCUGCUGCAUCGCCAGCCGUUGAGUCAGACAAGCCAAGUACUCCCUAUCAACUGCGAGAAUCUGCUGUACCUUCUUCUCGUUUUGGUAGACUCUGGCAGUAUGGAGGUCUGGCUACAAGCAUGGCCUUUGGUGCCGUCGGCGAAAGUCUACGACGAGUGACUGGAGGCGCUGCUGCUGCAAGUGGCUCAUUACUACUUAGCCCUGCGAACAUGGAGAGGCUGGUAGCUAAGCUCUCUCGCAUGCGCGGUGCAGCUCUCAAGCUCGGCCAGAUGAUGAGUUUCCAAGACUCUAAGAUGCUGCCUCCUGCCAUCAAUGCUGUGCUCCAACGUGUCCAAGACAGUGCUGACUACAUGCCGCCGUGGCAACGAAACAAGCAACUCGCUGCCAAUCUGGGUGCUGAUUGGAAAGAUCUGUUCUCGAGUUUCGAAGAUGUUCCUAUGGCUGCUGCCUCAAUCGGCCAGGUACAUCGUGCUACACUGGCUUCCAACGGUCGUGAAGUUGCUGUCAAGAUUCAGUACCCUGGUGUUCGAGGUAGCAUCGAUUCUGAUCUCAAUAAUCUCUCCCUUCUCCUGACAGCAUCACGAAUCUUGCCUGCCGGCCUCUUCCUCGACAAGACCAUUGCGAAUGCUCGCCUGGAGCUAGGAUGGGAGUGUGACUACGAACGUGAAGCCAAGUGCGGCGCUCGGUUUGCAGAGCUUCUUGAGGAUGAAGCUGCCACAUUCCGUGUCCCACAGGUCUUCCCCGAGGCAUGCGGUCCUGAAGUUCUGACGGCUGAGCUCAUGCAUGGCAAGGGUGUGACCAAGAUUCCCGACCUUUCACAAGACGAGAGAGACUGGAUAGGCACCCAAGUGCUGCGCCUCUGUCUCCGCGAACUGAUGGAGUGGAGGUUCAUGCAGACCGACCCCAACUGGACCAACUUUCUCUACAACCGAGGCAACGCCCCUUCGGAGCGUAGACUGGAGUUGUUGGACUUCGGAGCUUCGAGAGAGUAUCCUGAGAGUUUUGUGACGCCUUAUGUCCAGCUGCUCAUCGCCGCUUCCACGCACGACCGCAAUGCCUGUCGUGAUCUCUCUAUCAAGCUAGGCUAUCUCACCGGCGCAGAAAGUCAGGCCAUGCUUAACGCUCAUAUUGACUCGAUCCUCACUCUUGGCGAGCCUUUCUACUCUGGCAGAACAAGCGAAUACUAUGACUUCAAGAACCAGACUAUCACUGACAGAGUAAGAGAGAAUAUUGGUCUCAUGGUCAGAGAAAGACUGGCACCGCCGCCAGAGGAGACGUACUCGCUGCACAGAAAGUUGAGCGGCGCCUUCCUCCUCUGUGCAAGACUAGGUGCAAAUGUCCCAGCAAAGAAGUUGUUUGAAGAUGCCAUUGCAAAAUGGAAACAAACUCAAGGUUAG